AUUUUGGGAGGACUAAGGGGUGGAGUUGUACCGUUUAACCCCCUGUGGUGAGUAACGUGCAACCCAAUGGGAAACUGCGUCCAGAUCCACUCGGGUUAAGAAGUUCCUCCAGAAAUGGCCUUCCAGCUGUUGUCAGCUCCGACGAUUGCCAUGAAGCACCUUGGCCGAGCUUUCCGGGUCUCUGCCAGUCAUGGAAGGUUGGCUUUCAUCCGUCGGUCCGGCAGCGCAGCGGGGCAAACGACAGAGAAGAACGUUCCCUACGCUACAACCUUGAAAGAAGAAAGCCCCGACAGCAGAGGACCCAGCAAGCCCUUGCCUCGCUCGGCAGAUGCGGUGGUAAUCGGUGGGGGCAGCUUGGGGUGCCAAACCACGUACCAUUUAGCUAAGAUGGGCAUGAAGAACGUGGUCCUACUGGAGAGGGACCGACUGACAUCAGGAACUACCUGGCACACCGCAGGUCUUCUAUGGCAGCUACGGCCGAGCGAUGUAGAGGUGGAACUCUUGGCUCACACGCGUGACGUGGUUAGCCGCGAUCUGGAGGAGGAGACCGGAUUGCACACCGGGUGGAUCCAGAACGGGGGUCUCUUCAUCGCGUCGAACAAGCAGCGUUUGGAUGAAUACAAGAGACUGAUGUCUCUGGGGAAGGUUUAUGGAGUGGAGUCCUACGUCCUUUCUCCAGCCGAAACCAAGGACCUGUAUCCCUUGAUGAAUGUCGAUGAUCUGUAUGGGACGCUGUAUGUCCCUAAAGAUGGCACGAUGGACCCCGCCGGCACUUGUACCACCCUGGCAAGGGCAUCUACGGCUCGCGGGGCAAAGGUCAUAGAGAACUGUCCGGUGACCGGCAUCCAAGUGAAGACCGAUGACUUCGGGAUCAAAAGGGUGGUUGGUGUGGAGACAGAAUUCGGGACGAUCCAGACCCCUUGCGUGGUCAACUGUGCAGGAGUGUGGGCCCAGAAACUCGGACAAAUGGCGGGAGUCAACGUCCCUUUGGUCGCAAUGCACCACGCGUAUGUCGUCACCGAGCGAAUCGAGGGAAUCCAGAAUAUGCCAAAUGUUCGGGACCACGACGCUUCUGUGUAUCUCCGUCUCCAAGGCGACGCGCUGUCGGUGGGCGGCUAUGAGUCAAAUCCUAUAUUCUGGGAAGAGGUCUCGGAUACAUUCGCUUUUGGCCUCUUCGAUCUGGACUGGGAUGUCUUCACGCAGCACAUUCAGGGAGCCGUUAACCGCGUCCCGGCGCUCGAGAAAACCGGAAUCAAAUCUACGGUGUGCGGCCCCGAAUCCUUCACCGCCGACCACAAGCCCCUCUUGGGGGAGUCUCCGGAAGUGAGGGGGUUUUUCCUGGGCUGCGGAUUCAAUAGCGCAGGUAUGAUGCUGGGGGGCGGCUGCGGAAAGGAGCUGGCGCACUGGAUUAUUCACGGCCGCCCGGAAAAGGAUAUGUACGGCUAUGACAUCAGGAGGUUCCAUCACUCUCUGACCAACCAAAACCGCUGGAUCCGGGAGAGAAGCCACGAAUCCUACGCCAAAAACUAUUCGGUGGUUUUCCCCUAUGACGAACCUCUGGCCGGGAGGAAUAUGAGAAAGGAUCCCUUGCACGAGGUUCUCCUCCAGCAAGGCUGCGUGUUCCAGGAGAGACACGGCUGGGAGAGACCGGGGUGGUUUAACCCAGCAGGUCGGGCCCCUGUCUUGGACUAUGACUAUUACGGGGCUUAUGGCCACCAGCCGCAUCAGGAUUACUCAUACAGUCAGUUGCUGGAGAAAGAGUAUACCUUUGGCUUCCCUCCCCAUCAUGACGUGAUCAGGAGCGAGUGUCUGCGGUGCCGGGACGCGGUGGCCGUUUUUAACAUGUCCUACUUUGGAAAAUUCUACCUGGUUGGCCCGGAGGCCACAAAGGCAGCUAACUGGCUCUUCACGGCCGACGUCGACAAACCCCCAGGAUCUACUGUCUACACCUGCAUGCUGAACAGCCGCGGGGGGACUGAGAGCGACCUCACCGUCAGCCGCAUCGAGCCGGGGAAGCCGCCGUCCCCUCUGUCCCCCGACUUUCAAGGGGACGGUUAUUACCUGGCCAUAGGAGGAGCCGUGGCCGAGCACAACUGGGGCCACAUCCGCGCCGUCCUACAGGACCAAAACUUCAAAUGCAAACUGAUCGACUGCUCCGAGGACCUCGGCAUGAUCAGCAUCCAAGGACCAGAGAGCCGCAAGGUUCUGGAGGAGGUUCUGGAUGAAGACCUGAGCAAUGAGGCCUUUCCAUUCUCCACGCACAAGAUGGCGACGGCAGCCGGACACCAGGUACGCGCCAUCCGCUUGUCAUUCGUUGGAGAGAUGGGAUGGGAGCUGCACAUCCCCAAAGCAGACUGUGUAUCUGUCUACAGGGCUGUCAUGGAAGCCGGAUCCAAGAAGUCCAUCGGCAACGCUGGAUACAGAGCAAUCGACUCCCUUAGCAUCGAGAAAGGUUACAGACAUUGGCACGCGGACCUCCGUCCCGAUGACACCCCUUUGGAAGCCGGCUUGGCCUUCACUUGUAAGCUGAAGAGCGCCAUGCCGUUCCUUGGCCGCGAAGCUCUGGAGAAGCAGAAGGCUGAAGGCGUCAGGAAGCGUCUGGUUGGCUUCACUAUCAAUGAUAAAGUCCCGCUGUUUGGCUUGGAAGCCGUUUGGAGGAACGGCGUCGCCGUAGGACACAUACGCAGGGCGGACUUUGGCUUCGCCAUCGACAAAACCAUCGCGUACGGCUAUAUACGAAAUCCCGACGGAGGACCCGUGACGACAGAAUUUGUCCGAACUGGGGAGUACAAGCUGGAGAGGAUGGGGGUCACCUAUGCCGCCGAGGCCCACUUGAAGUCCCCGUUUGACCCAAACAAUUUGAGAGUAAAGGGUCUGUAUUAAAAUGUGAAUGACGACAGAACCGGGUGACCUUUGGUGGCCCCACCGGUGACUGAGGAGAAAGACUGGAAUCCAGCGAUUGGUUUAUUAACCCUCUAUUACCCCAAAUCAUUGAUCGAACAACAGCUGCCCAUAGACCUGGUUAAACCCCCCAUGGUGCAUUUUUCACUAGUGAGAAUCAAGUAAUUAAUCAUUUUUUUAAUGGAAAAGUUGUGUAUUUGUUGGGAUUUGGUGUUGUCCGUCCUGGCCUAAAACAUCUAAUUUGUUAUAAUGAGAUUCUGGAGAGUCCGGCCCCGCGUGUUCAGUGUGAGGAGAAGGGUGAGAACCCCUUCAUCCAGCAUUAAUAAUAAUUUAAUCACAGCAAAUCCUGUUGGGCGUUUCAUAAGGUACAGCUCGGGGGGGUCAGAGGUGUCUUUAGGUUGGGGUUGGGAACCUGGACAAGUCCCCAUAUGAUGAGCCACGUUCUCUAAACCCGUAAGAUGCCCCAUAGGCACCGGGCCCUUGCCAGGAAAAAGUAUACAGGAGGUAACCGAGCUUCUACGGCUUUUAUCCAGCAUACGAACGACGCUGUUCUGGGCUCUUUGGGGCAGUUCGAGGCUCUCUGACUCCUGACAUCUUGAUACAUUGUAACCCAGGACUUUACCCCCUUCUACCAUCUGCCGUUGCUCAUGUGUUCAGGUGCCAUUAAUCAUGGGAACCCCAAAAACCUGUAGCUUUGGGGGGAGCCCCCGUGGGCCACUCCGAUGAGCCGUCAUUUACGCAACUUGCAAAGCCCUCUGGGGGGGGGUGCAUUGUGCCGGUCAAUAAAUAUUCAACGUCUUCCUUA